AUGCGGGAGUCAAGAAAAGGGCACUCUGGAAUCCCUGGAACCCCCCUGUCUCUGAUUUUGAGUAUUAUACUGAUUGUGCCUGAAGGCGGCUUCAGCAAGGGGUGGGUGGUCCCGCUCUCGGAUGGUUUCACCGUGGGGGGUCCGGCAGGUAUGGGUAGUAAGCCUUUCGAACGAAUUCCGUGGCAGAAGGACUGGCUAUUUUCAGUCCUGGCGUCAAAAGCCGCGUUGGAUAGAGCUGUCGAAAAUACGGUCGUUUUGCCGGAUCGGCUGGUGCAUUACGACGUCUGGCACCAGAAUCCUAAGAAAGUGGUGCCCCUCUUCGCUGGUGACCGGUUACGGCGAGUGAGCAAGUGCCCGCCCGAAAUUGGCCCGGAUGACCAACUCUUCUUGGCUCUGCCCGAGUCGGUAAUGGGCGACUGUUGGCUGGAGAGUGUGCCGUCUUGCUGUGAGUCCGUCAUCGUUCCCGUGGAUGAUGAUGUGGAGGAUGAGAGUGCAGUGGAACUCUCUGCUGCGCCCAGACGCUUGCCACCGUGUUCUUGUCCCAAUGUUGCCCACUGCAUUCAGACGCCAGAGAUAUUCCCACACCUUUCGACUGGAUGUGAGAUACGGCGAGUACCUCGAGUGAGCGAUACCCUUAAAGUAGGGCGGCGAGGAGCGCCCCCCGGCAUCCAAGGAAGGGAGAAGGUUAAAUACGACUUUGCAACUCACGAGAAAUUUUGGCUCCGGAACCGCGACUCAGAGCACGCUACUACGGCCACCCCCGAAGCAGUCACGGCCGCCCCCGAAGCAGUCACGGCCGCCCCCGAAGCAGUCACGACCGCCCCCGAAGCAGUCACGACCGCCCCCGAAGCAGCCGACCAAGGCCUGAAAUUCAAGGUAAAGUCGGCAAAUUGUCUCACAUUCGACGCGUACAAUCAACAAAUGAUUAAGAACAUCAAGUUAGCGAAACAGAGGAUUGCCGAAUUGGGUGCGGGAGACGAUUCAUAUCUUCCACGUGUGGCCUUGGACAAAGUGGACCGCCUCAAAGUGACACCGGCCGAAUGCUUAGUCAUGGUAGGUCAGGCCGGUCUUCAGAUGGGACCUGUUCUGGAAUCGACGGAGAAUUUGGCAGAUGCUUUCUGGCAGAAAAUCAAACGCUGUUUAGCCGUACCGUCAUUGGAGCCAUCCGAUCGGGUCUCGCUUUCUGGCAAGUGCAAAGACUACGAGUUUGUUGACAGGUCAGCAGACCAGAGGAAGGUCGGCGCGGAACAUUGUGAGUCGGUCGCCAAAGUUAGUGAGUCAGUCGCCGAGCCAGUUGCCGAACCAGUCUCCCAACUAGUUGCCGAACAUAGUGAGCCGUGGGGACUGGAGGCGUUCGUGCGUGAGAUGGAGCGCAUCGAGGUGGGUAUCCCCCAAGAAGUGUUUGAGGGGUAUCAUGCAGAUGUCGAGGUAGCGGAAGACGCUUUGGAGUGGGCAUGA